UGCCCUCGCCCCGCCCUCCGGCCAGCCCGGCCGGCCGCCAGCCCGCCUGCCUAGCUGUCAGUCCCCCAGUGCACUCUCGCCAGCCACCGGCGCUCUGGGACAGGUUUGCUGCUUCCCUUCAGCUCACUGGCCUCGAAUCAUAUUUAGGAUCCCAGACCAACACUGAAAAAAUGGCUGACAUCUCCCAGCUGAUGGAAAAUGAAGUGUUCAUGGCUUUUGCCUCCUAUACAACCAUUGUGCUUUCAAAAAUGAUGUUCAUGAGCACUGCAACUGCAUUUUAUAGAGUAACAAGAAAGGUUUUUGCCAACCCAGAAGACUGUGCAAGCUUUGGCAAAGGAGAAAAUGCCAAGAAGUACCUUCGGACAGAUGACAGAGUGGAACGUGUACGGAGAGCUCACCUGAACGACCUUGAAAACAUCGUGCCAUUCCUUGGGGUUGGCCUUCUGUAUUCCCUGAGUGGGCCGGAUUUGUCUACAGCCAUCCUCCACUUCAGACUCUUCGUGGGAGCCAGGUUCUACCACACAAUUGCUUAUUUGUUAACCCUCCCUCAGCCAAACCGAGGUUUGGCUUUCUUUGUUGGCUAUGGAGUUACCCUUUCAAUGGCUUACAGGUUGCUGAAGAAUAAAUUGUACCUGUAAAGAGAAUCCUACAACUCAUGAGCCAAUUAUUUUCUCUGAAUUCUUUAUUUUCAAUUUAUAGUGGCUAUUUUCUUAGAUUUUUAAGUAAGGGGGAGCAGAGAAAUUAAGAACUGGGAAAAAUCUAUUUUGAAUAUUAAUAUCAUCAUCAUCAGCCUUUAUUCUUGUUUUGUAUUUGCACUAGAAAUUGAAUGUGCUUUUCAGUCUUUUGUUAUAUGCUGUGUUGUAAAUUUUUAUUAUAAUUUGUAACAUUCAUUCAGCCUCUCACAUUCUAAAUCUAUAAAAAGAAUGUAUGUACUCCAAGCCUAUAUUUCAAUAUUGGUGAAAUGGCAAAUGAAAUAAAGAAUAUAAAGAGUUUUA